AUGAAAUUCCCGGGGCACGACGGAAAAAUCAUCUCCAUCAGAGCAAACCAGCAGGAAGCGCGACAAUGCUACAUAGACAGCCUAGAAACUGCCCUCUCAAUCAGACAACACAAAAGCGACUUCACUGUUCUAACCCGUGCUGACCACGAGGAAACCACCGACCUCGAUCCGAGAUCCGACGCUCACGAUGAGCGGCCCAGUCCCGUCGAUGAGCUCGACGAUCUCCAAAUCGGAAAGCUCCCCAGCCAAACAACAAAGAUCAGCAAACAAUUAGACCCCAAACUACGACAACAACUCCAGGAAGAAAUCCUCAGGAACGCCGAUCUCUUCGCUUGGUCCAGCGCUGACAUGCCCGGCAUAGACGCCAACUUCAUCUGCCACAGGUUAGCGAUACACAAAGAGGCCAAGCCGGUCGCCCAAAGAAAGAGGAAGGUCGGCGGUGAAAGGCGGGAUGCCGUCAUCAUUGAAACGCAGAAACUGCUCAACGCCGGUUUCAUCCGGGAAGUCAGGUACACUACCUGGCUGGCAAACGUAGUCCUAGUAAAGAAGAACUCGGGAAAGUGGCGCAUGUGCGUCGAUUACACCGACCUCAACAGAGCAUGCCCCAAGGACUCGUACCCCUUGCCGAGCAUCGAUAGGUUAGUCGACGGAGCAUCCGGGCAUGCCCUCCUCAGCUUCCUCGACGCCUAUUCCGGGUACAACCAGAUAAUGAUGUAUCCACCGGAUGAAGUACACACGUCCUUCAUCACUGAUCGUGCCAACUACUGUUAUCGGGUGAUGCCCUUCGGCCUCAAAAACGCAGGGGCAACCUACCAGCGGCUGAUGGACAAAGUUUUCCACCACCAAAUCGGGCGAAACAUGGAGGUCUACGUGGACGACAUGGUGGUAAAAACCAUCUCGGCAACGGACCAUGCCUCCGACCUUGCCGAGGUGUUCGCCCAGAUCAGAAAACACAACAUGCGUCUCAACCCGGAGAAAUGCGUCUUCGGUGUCCGGGGAGGAAGAUUUCUUGGCUUCAUGAUCACCAGUAGAGGAAUCGAAGCCAACCCCGAGAAGUGCGAGGCCAUCAUACACAUGCAAAGCCCACAAUCGGUAAAAGAGGUGCAACGCCUGGCCGGACGGCUGGUCUCACUGUCCCGGUUUAUCCCCAAACUUGCGGAGAAGGCGGGACCAAUUUUCACCCUGUUAAAGAAACCAAAAGACUUCUCGUGGACCGACCAGUGUGAAGCAGCUUUCCAAAGCUUCAAAAAUUUCCUCACAACCCCGCCAAUCUUGCAAAGGCCGGAUCACAACACCGACCUCCUUCUUUACCUGGCAGUGGCAGAAGGCGCCAUCAGCGCCGUCAUUGUACAAGAGCAUCAGAAGGCUCAAACCCCAAUCUACUUCAUCAGUCGGGUCCUCCAAGACGCCGAAAGAAGGUACCAAAUGGUCGAAAAGCUGGCGUUGGCACUGCCUGAGCUUGCCGGACGCAUGAUUGCCUGGUCAAUAGAACUGUCAGAGUUCGGAAUCCGGUACGAAAGCCGCGGACCUCUAAAAGCCCAAUGUUUGGCCGACUUCGUAGCCGAGCUCACGCCGGCCACCACAGAAGAACCCCAAGCAUGGACCCUCCAUGUAGACGGAUCCUCCAACUCCAAAGGAGGAGGUGCAGGCAUCAUCCUGGAAGGACCAAACCGAAUCACCGUGGAACAAUCCCUCAAGUUCGGAUUUAAAGCAACUAAUAACCAGGCAGAGUACGAAGCUCUCCUCGCCGGACUAAGAUUAGCCCGGGACCUCGGAGCUCGAAGAGUAAGCUGCAACAGCGAUUCCAAACUCAUGGUAGAACAGCUUGGUGGAACGUACCAAGCAAAGGACGCCCUCCUACAGAGAUACUUUCAUACCGCAGCCCAACAGAUCUCGUCUUUCGAUGAGUUCUCCAUAAAACACGUACCGCGAGAGCAGAACACCAGAGCAGACCUACUGUCAAAACUCGCCAGUACCAAAAAGCCCGGGCAACACCGAACCAUUAUCCAGGAAACCUUGCACUCACCCAGCCUGGAUGAUAAAACUGUCAAUGUCAACGACAGCGAAGAGCUAGGAUGGAUGACAGACAUAUGGAACUACCUAAAAGAUGGAGCCCUGCCUACAGAUAAGGAUGAGGCAAGGAAGGUGAGAAUGCGAUCAGCAAAGUUCACCAUCAUCGACGGUGAAUUAUUCAAACGCGGAAUUUCCAUCCCACUGCUCAAAUGUUUGACCAUAUCUCAAGCAGCCUAUGUUGUCAAGGAAAUUCAUCACGGAGUAUGCGGAAUGCACUCCGGAGCUCGCUCGAUGGCAGCCAGGGUACUCCGGGCUGGGUACUACUGGCCCACCUUGAAGUCAGAUUGCCAAAACUACAUCCAGAAAUGCAAAGAGUGCCAGCAGUUUGGCAACGCGCAUCGACAGCCCCCCGAGGCUCUUCACCACAUGAUGGCAGCAUGGCCUUUCUCCCAGUGGGGAAUGGACAUCCUUGGGCCUUUCCCCCCCGCGAAGGGUCAGUUAAAGUUCCUCCUGGUGGCAAUCGACUACUUCACCAAGUGGAUCGAGGCGUGCCCACUUGCCAAGAUCACCACGGAAAACGUGCGAAAGUUCACAUGGAAAAACAUUGUUUGCAGAUUCAGAAUUCCCCACACUAUUGUCACUGACAACGGGCGGCAGUUCAUCGCAGAAGAAUUCGAAGUCUUCCUCCAAGAACUCGGAAUCAAGCACUUGCCGACCUCGGUGGAGCACCCCCAAACCAACGGCCAAGCCGAAGCAGCCAAUAAGGUCAUCCUCCGGGAACUCAAGAAACGGCUAGGGAACGCAAAAGGGGAGUGGCCCGACAUGCUUCCCGGCAUCCUCUGGGCAUACCACUGCACCCCACAGUCAACCACGCAAGAAACACCUUACCGACUAACUUAUGGAGUCGACGCAAUGAUCCCGAUAGAGGUCGGACAAACAUCCCACCGACGCCAAGUCUUCAACAACGAACAAAAUAAUCACGAGCUAGCAACAUACCUCGACCUGCUAGACGAGCUCCGAGACGAAGCCCAAAUCCACGCAGAAGCUUGCAAACUCCGGGCCGCCCGGAGAUACAACUCCCGGGUGAAACCCGGUCUUUCCGGGAAGGCAACCUGGUAUGGCGGCUACUCGGAGAAGCACGAAAGGACGAGUCAGACGAGAAGCUCGCAUCCACUUGGGGCAGCUCAUUCCAAGUCGUAG